AUGUUUUCACAAGAGAAUAAGAAUUUAGAAAUUAUCCCAUUCCUACAAACCAAGCACACCCUUUCUAUAAUCUUUAAAACUCUUUUCAUCUGUAUUGUCAUUUGGAACGUUAGCAAUUAUUUGUUUUAUAUAAAGGAACAGAAUGGUACCGUAGAAAAUAUUGGAGGGUAUGAACCCACACACACAUCAGACACGACACUCAUUAAUAACACCGAAGCCGAUGAUGUAAAAAUAGCACAUGACAUCGAGGUAAAUAAAAAGUACUGCGGAUCGGCCGAAUGCAAAUUCUUAUUUGCACAUUAUAUAACGGAGCAAGAGUCACAAGCAAAUUCACAUUUCUAUUCGUUCAUACAAUUGGCGGAAAUGCUUAACCGUACAAUCGUAUUGGUAAAUGUACAAAAUUCGAGAUUGGGAUCCUGUCAGAACCUUCCGUUUAGUUUCUAUUAUAACGUGGAGGCGAUCAAGGCAUUGUUUCCAAGGGUUAAUUUUAUCACGCAACAGGAUUUUCAAAGUUGGACCAAACAACUUUAUCGUAAGCCAAACACCGUUUUCAGGUAUAUUGAACAAGAUGGUAUACCGAAUACGACAAGAACGAUAACGAUAGAUUUGGAUGUCCUCUUAAAGGAUGAAUGCCUUGAACAAUUCGACCUUAAAUUUAAAGAUGAUGAUUCCAUCUUCAAGAUGCUUUAUAUAGGGGUAAAAAAUUAUUGGAGUACGCCGAUGGGUAACCUUGUCAUCAUAGAUUAUCUAACCAAACACCUAGAUCUUAACGAACCAGUCCUAUUAAUCAGACACGAACUUAGGUAUCCCCUAUUCCCUUCCAAGGGACCCAUCGUACCAUUGCCAUAUGCCAACCACUUGGUGGAAGCGGCGAAUAAGGUAAAGGACCGAUUAGGGGAAUAUAUAGGGAUUCACUGGAGAAUGGAAUCCGCCAAACCGGAAUUGAUGCCUGCUUGCGCAAAAGGGUUGAUUAAAUAUAUCAAAAAGAUGAAAGUCACGAGUAAUAUUGAGAACGUAUUUUUUGCCACGGAUUAUCCUUUAACCAAUGUGGGGGAAAAUAAAACGCAAUCAAAUACAUUCCUAAACAUAAACAAUAAUCAUCAUUUGGCGAUGAAACAGUUACGUACGGCUUUCAAGUUAAACACUUGGGUAUCAACGAGAUCUUUAGAUUAUCUUUAUGAAGCGUUUCCCGAGUACAGAAAAGAAAUCGAUCAAGAAUUUGAUGAAUCUGGAAUUCAAGGAAUUCUUGACAAGUUGGUUUUAAUAGGAGGGGAUUAUUUUGUAAGUGGACCACGUCAAUGUGCUAGGAUAUUGAGUAAUUUUACAAAAAGGAUUAGCGAAGAAAGGCAGAGAUUAAUAGAUGAUGGUGAUAAGACGAUCCAUCUCAAUCUAUUCGAUCACACUCAAAGGCAUGGUAAACUUUGUCCUCAAAUUGAAGAUUCACUAAAGAAGGGCAGCUCAAGCCUAUUAAAUCCGAUAGAUGCGCCACUUGAACAAAUUGAGAAUAAUGACAUGAUACAAAUAUUAUUUACAUGCGAUGAAAAGAAUAAACCCGAAUUAUGUAAAAAAGCGAAAUUAGCAUUUCAAAACGUGGCAAACGUAAUUUCGGAUACAUUAGAUUUCAAAGUUCCAAUAAUAAUUAACGCCAGCUUUACCCAAAUAUGUGGUAAUUUCAUGAAUUGUGAUCCGACCAAACCGGGACCACUUGGAGCUGCGGGACCGUCUAGGCUUAUCCCUUUAAAGGAUGAUGAUGGAAAGACGAGAUUAUACCCACAAUCAUUAGUGAAACAAUUUAAAUUAGAGAAACAUCCCGAAUUCUCGGAGGCUGACAUUCAAGCUGGGUUUAAUUCUGAAAUCUCAACUUUUUGGUUUAGAGGUGAUCCCGAAAUUGGCGUUGAUCAGGUAGAUUUUGAAUUGGUCUUGAUACAUGAAUUCUUGCAUGGUUUGGGAUUCCUUUCUUCUUGGGAUGAUUACUUGAGUUUGGAUAAUCCAACCGCUCUUACCCCUUUCCCAUCAUUCUUAAUUACCACCGAUGAUCUCUCAUCAAAUAUUGGACCAAUCAAAUUUACCGGAUUUCAAGAAUAUCCCUUUGAUAGAUAUUUAUCAUUAACCAAAGAUAAUAUUCCCCUCUCAUCUAUUACUGACAAAAUAAAUCAAUUUGCUAAUUCCACGACCACGUUUGCAAAUGAAAAAGAAUUUACUGAUGCCUUCACAAAUUCCAGUCAAUAUCUAGAAUGUAAGCAAAUGCUUCAAAACAGUAUCACGAGAAAUUCUAUCGUAUUCAAGUUACCCGAUGAUGAUUUAUAUCCAAUCGAAACCUCUUUGGUUCCCUAUAAAUCAGGUUCUACCCUAAAACAUGGAGAUUAUGAUAGUUUUAGCAACUCUACCGAUUUCUUAAUGAGAUGGAAAUCCCCACGUCAAGUCACCAUGGAGAAUCUGCUGUCUGUCAAUGGUAACGAUACCAAUUAUAUCAAUCCCAUCGGUCCAAAAACUCUCAAGGUUUUAGAGGCUUUAGGAUAUACAAUCAAAAAUAAUAAUAAUAAAACGGACAAUGAAGUAAAACAAGAUGAUAAUCAGCAUAACCUUCAAUCCACUUCUGGAACAGAAAGUACAACAAUUCAUUCAAGCACAUUGUUACAUAAGAAUUUAUUAAUUCUUGUAACGAUUGUAAUAUUUUAUAUCAUUUAUACCAUAAGCAUUCGUUUAUUCUUUGAAAGUAAUGGAAUCGAAAUUCAAAGGGAUUUCCAAUCGAAUAAUAAUGGUGAUCCCGAUGAGAAAUUCAUUACGUACCUACCACAUAGCGGAUUUAAUAAUCAAAGAAUUUCUAUGGAGAAUGCAUUAUUCAUGGCAUACUUUUUAAAUAGAAGCUUAAUAUUACCUCCAAUCGUAUUCCUUGACGGUCUAAAUCACCUCUAUUCCGAGAAAACCGAUAAACUUUACUCACUAUUGAUUCAAUUGAAUCAUGAUUCCAACAAUUUUACGAGUUGCAAGGAUAAACGAUGCAAACAAGUUAAAUAUACCUUAUAUCCUUGGGAUCAAUUAAUUGACAUGAGGUGGAUACGAGAACGUAUUAAAAUAACCUACAGAAGUGAUUUUAAUUUAACCUCCCUUUUAACUUCCUUGAAUAUUACCAAUGAACAGGAAUUCUUAUUCUUGAAAGAUGAAUUUAGUUAUCAUUAUAAAUUUUAUGAUGAUUCGAAUUCAACUACUUCAUUAGAUAAAUUUCAUAUGAGAAUCAACCUUUCGGAUUUAAAAAAAGAUCAUCAUAAUAAAAGAUUAAUUCACUUUGGUAGUUUGUUCUCUUCAAGUAGAAUUGUUAAGGAAUUACCGGAGAGCAGAAUAUUUUGGAAGAAUUUAACACGAGAACUCGUUCCAAAUAAUCAAAUCUUGGUUGAAAUCACUCGGGAUAUUAUAAAUGAGUUGGGAGGUCAAGGAAAUUUUAUUGGUUCUCACAUUAGAUUGGGUGAUUCAUUCUUUAACGUUAACGGAAACAAAACCUUGGAUAAGAUAACGCAAGGGAUUAUAAACGAUUACAUCAAAAAUUCCGUACCAAAUCAUCCAAAUGACAAAUUAUUUACUUUAUGUAAAGAUGAUUUGUCCAAACCAAACACGGUACCUUUAGUAAUAUUCUUGGCAACCGAUAAAGACCGAUCAAAUCCUAGAAUACGAUCAUUUCUCGAAAUAUUUCCUUGCACGUUUACGCAAUCUGAUUUUAACUAUUCACUUGAACCCUUGAAAAGGGUAAUCAAUCCAUUAGGUAAUAUGAAUAUGCAAAAAUUUUUCACGCCAUUUGUGGAUUUAUUGGUUGUCUCGCAUGGAGUUAAAUUUUAUGGGACCGAAAAAAGUACUUUUUCAUCAUACGCUCAAAGAUUACACGAUAUAAAUCAAGAGGAUAACUCUCUUUCACAAUGA